UAGUUGGUAUUUCAAUCCUACGUGGCAAUAUUCAUCACUAAUGAUUGUUUGCAUCUCUACUUCUUCGUGUCACGAUGUAAAUAUGAGAUUUAAAUCUAUUUAUGAAUGUGAGUUGCCAUGAACAGAUUUUAACUGAAGUGGGUAAUGCAACCAAAAAGGAAAAAAUCAGGAAUAAUGAGAGCUGUAAUUCUUGUUGGAGGAUAUGGAACCAGAUUAAGACCACUUACAUUAAGUCGACCAAAACCAUUGGUUGAAUUUGCUAAUAAACCAAUGCUUCUUCAUCAAAUAGAAGCUCUAGUAUCAACAAAUGUAACAGAAGUAAUAUUAGCAGUAUCUUACCGUGCAGAGGAAAUGGAAAGAGAUUUGGGUGCAGAAGCUAGGAAGUUAGGAGUACGUUUAAUUUUUUCACAUGAAACAGAACCUCUUGGUACUGCAGGACCGCUUGCACUUGUACGUGAUCUAUUGGAUUCAGGAGAUGAGCCAUUCUUUGUCUUGAAUUCUGAUAUUAUUUGUGAUUUUCCCUUCAAACAACUUUUGGAGUUUCAUAAAAGCCAUGGUAGGGAGGGCACUAUAAUUGUAACUAAAGUGGAAGAACCAUCGAAAUAUGGUGUAGUUGUUUAUGGAGAAGAUGGAAAAAUACAAAGUUUUGUAGAGAGUCACAUUGUUCACUAAAAUUUUUCAGGCAUGUACAUUUUUAACCCAAGUAUCUUAAAAAGAAUAGAAUUGAAGCCUACAAGUAUAGAAAAAGAAGUGUUCCCAUACAUGGCUCAGGAUGAAGAAUUAUACGCAAUGGAACUGACAGGAUUUUGGAUGGAUGUAGGACAACCAAAAGAUUUCCUAAAAGGAAUGAGUAUGUACCUGACAUUUCUAAGGCAGAAGUUUCCGGAAAAGUUAUACGCCGGUCCAGGAGUGGUGGGAAAUGUUUUAGUAGAUGAAACGGCCAAGAUCGGAAAAGAUUGUAGGAUAGGGCCUAAUGUUACAAUAGGUCCUGGUGUUGUGUUAUUUGACGGAUGUUGCAUUAAACGGAGCACUGUUCUUAAAGAAGCUGUAAUAAAAGAGCAUGCAUGGCUAGAUGGGUGCAUCGUAGGAUGGAGAAGUGUUGUGGGACGUUGGGUACGAAUGGAAGGUAUAACAGUACUUGGUGAAGAUGUCAUUGUUAAAGAUGAAUUAUAUAUAAACGGAGGCCAAGUUUUACCUCACAAGAAUAUUUCCAGUUCUGUGCCGGAACCGCAAAUAAUCAUGUGACCAAAGACAAUACUAUUAAAAUACACACGAUGCGUAAUAUGAGUGACUAAAUUGCGAAAUAUUCUAUAAAUAAAAAGUUUUUAUCAGCUUUUU